CGCCCGGCCGGGUAUCACUCGUCCGCGAACGACCGACGGUCGUCGAAUACGCCGAAUAAUAUCCGCGUCGCCUCUGUAACACAUAUACCUACUAUAUUAGUACAAUAAUCAUACGAUUAAUUUCUGUUAUUCCUCGCACAUCAUACGACAUAAUAUACCGUUUUCAUCAACUGAACGAUAUUUACGCAUUUUUUAAAAAAAAAUAAUAAAAUCCUUACGUCUGAAUGAUAUCGCGCAUGACCCGCGACCGAACACCGACCGCCGACGACUGACGUCUCACCGCCACCUGUAGCUGUGGUACGACCCCGGAACCCUUACGGCAUCCGCAUCCGCAACAGGUCGCGGCGCGGUUAUUAUGGAUCUCACAUACUUGGUCGUCGCCGUAUUCGGAAUGUGCGUCUUGCGGCCGUGCAGUUCGCUGCCUGCUGCAGCCGUCGCCGCCGCUGCCGCCGCUGCUCCUACGCCUACCCCGUCACCGCCGUCGCUGCAGGUCGCCGCCGCCGAACCGGCCGGCCGCAAUGACAAAAGGUCCAGGUCGCUGUUCCAGUCGCCGCCGCCGCAGGCUCCGCAUCAGUACCAUCUCCACGCCGGCGGGGCGGUCGAUCUGUACGACGACGUGAUGAACGACUUGCCGUAUUACUUGCAACACCAACAGCACCAGCAGCAGCAACAAUUCUUGCAGGAACCCACCGGCGAGGACGACCUGAGGACCAUCGACGGCGACGGCGACGACAACGCCGUCGGUCAGGACAUGAUGCGGCUGUCUAGUCGGGCGCGACCCGCCAAGCCCGACUCGCCCAUGUACUUUAUCCGGUUACCGCCGCAACCGUACAUGUACGUGCCCGGUUACGGUUACGUCAGUCAACCGACCCGGUUGGAACCGCCGCCGUUCACGCAGCGGCCACACUCGCCGUUCUUGAACCUGCCGCUGAGCUACGUGUCCAACGCCAAGCCCGUGGGAAUCUAUACGCUGCCGCAACAGCACCACAGCCAGCAACACCAACAGCAGCAGCAGCAGCAGCAAUUGUCGGUCAGGCCGCCGAAACCCAACAGACGUCCACAACCGUCGACCACGCCGCCGCCUCCGCCACCGCCGCCGACGCACCAACAGCAACACCAACCGGAUUCGCCGAUCUACAAUCUGGACAAAGGCCCGUACGUGUUCAACGGCCGUCCGACCGACGUGUUCCUGUUGCAGAGCGCGUACGACAACUUGUACUCCGAAGUGUUGCAAAACAUUUACCCGUAAACGGCCGUCACGCGAUUUAUUGUAGACAAUAUAAGACGUAUUAUAUUAUAUAAUAUUUUGUAAUUUAUUAUUUUUAUUAUUAUUAUUAUUAUUAUUACGAUUAUUAUUAAUUAUUAAUCGCGACGCCGACCGUCGUCGUGAUCGCCUAAAAAGACUAUCCGUUCACGUGAUCUUACGAAUCAAAAACAUAUAUACAUAAAAUAAUAAGAGAUACGAACGCGACAGCUGAUGCAAAUAAUAUGCGCAUCACACUCCAAUGACAUCGCGCGUAUAAUUAAUUAUUAAUUUAUUAUUAUUUUCUUACAUUUGUAUUGUUAUUAUAUAUUUAUUCGAAUUUUUGUUUUUGUAAUUUAUUAUUUUAUUUUGUACGAGAAUUAUAUUUAAAAUUAUAUUGUUGUAACGAUUUUAUAAUAUAUUGUACAUAUUAUAUAUUA